CGUGGAUCCGGGAUGGACCUCCGGGAGGAGGGCCUCGCGGCCCGCCCCCGACCCCGCCCCGGCCCCGGGCCCCUUCAAAGUUCCUCGGCGGGGUUACGCAGAGUUUCCUCCGGUACCCGUUCGGCUCGGUCGUCGGCAGUCAUGGACCCACCGGGCAGGUCGUGGCUGCUCCUCGCCGGCUUCCUCCUCUCGUACGCGGUGUACCUCCUGUUCGGCGGCCUGGUCUUCUCCAGCCUGGAGCGGCCGGUGGAGGAGCGACUCCGCCUGGACGCCGAAGCCCUCAAGCGGCGCUUCUUGGUCAACCAGAGCUGCGUGUCGGCCGCCGCCCUGGAGCUCUUCGUCGGCCAGGUGCUGGCGGCCAACCGGCACGGCGUGGCCGCCUUCCGCAACUCCUCGACCGAGCCGUCGAACUGGGACUUGACGUCGGCCAUGUUCUUCGCCAACACGCUGGUGACCACCGUCGGUUACGGCCACACGACGCCGCUGUCGGACGCGGGCAAGGCCUUCUCCAUCGCGUACGCCCUGCUGGGCGUGCCCUUCACCAUGCUGGUCCUGACGGCGUGCGUGCAGCGGCUGAUGCACCCGCUGGUGGCGGCGCCGCUGGGCCGGCUGCAGCGCGGCGGCCUGGAGGCGCGCUCGGCGGCCGCCGUGCACUUCCUGGCGCUGCUGGCGCUGGUGCUGCUGACCCUGUUCGCGGCGCCGGCGGCCGUGUUCGGCGCGCUGGAGGGCGGCUGGUCCUUCCUGGACGGGUUCUACUUCUGCUUCAUCUCGCUGUGCACCAUCGGCCUGGGGGACUUCGUGCCCGCCGCCGGGCCCCGCCGGGACUUCAGACAGGUCUACCAGGUGGCCGUCAUGGCGUACCUGUUCGUGGGCCUGAUCAUGAUGUACCUGCUCCUGCGCACCUUCCACAAGAUGGCCGACCUCCACGGCCUGACCGCCUUCCUGCAGCUGCCGCGCUGCGAGGAGUCCGAGCCGGACGAGGACCGCGAGCCGUUCGUGGACAACGGCCACUCCGCCGCCGCCGCCCACAAGCGGCCGUCGUACGCCGCCGUCGACGAGCGGUGACGCCGGAACGGGCGCGCCAUCUCCUUAGAGACUAAAAACAAAUACACGUGUGAGGUUUCCAGUUUUUGGGACGAACCUCCAGAGGAAGGCUCGGGACCACCCAAAAAAUGUUUUCACGUUUUUCUCCUCAUUGCUCUCCUGUGCUAUGUGUUGACAUUUAUGAAAACUUUUCGUGAAGAUUUAUGGCUGAAAUAUUUCCUAUGUAAGACUUGAAAUGCACUUUAAUGCUAACAUUUUAAGAAAUAUGUUGUAUUGAACUGAAUGCAAACUGUUUAUGAAAAUAAUAAAGAUGUUGAAUUCAA